AUGCGAUAUAACUACACCUUUGGGCAAUAUGCUCUAUGUAAAGUAGUUCGCGUAUUCAUCGUGUUCUCGUCGUUUGGGUCGGGGUUCAUACUGCUUGUCGUAGCAGUAGAUCGAUACAGGAAGGUAUGCAGGCCAUUUCAAAAGCAGAUGAGCAUAAGAACUGCCCGGGUAGCUGUAUCAAUUUGCACUGUUCUAUCGUUCUUUAUAUCACUACCAGCGUAUGUUAUCUUCGGCUCAAGAACUGUGCCUCUAGAUAUCGUCAACAUCAAUGGUUCUGACUGUUCCAUUUCUGAUGAGUACGUUGAUUCCCCAUUCCCACGGCUGUAUAAUGGGGUACACUUUCCAUAUUUGUGCCUUCGAUGCUUUCCAACCUCUUCAUCAGAACAGGAACCCUCAGAUGUCUCUGAAGAUGCGAUGCAAUUGCCCAACAAUCGACCAGCCAGGGAGGACGCUUCGAACAGCACAGGGCAAGAAAGGAAACCAGAGCACAGUUCUAAAGACAAGACAUGGCUGGGUAUAGACGUAUCUGCCUCCUGUGAUGCUGAGUCGGCGAAUUUCCACACAUCGCCCCGAAGAGACGGAGGUGAACGGAGAACUUUGUUCAUGUUGUUUCUUAUCACUCUCGUAUUUGUGGUGAGCUUUCUGCCACACUUGACUCUGAUGGUGACACUGGCGGUGAACAAAUAUAUCUUUGAAGAAAUCCAAGGGUUUGGAUUGGCUGCGUUCAACCUGUUCAUCAGGUCGUUUUUCAUCAACAGUGCCUCUAAUCCUUUCAUAUACAGCUUCUGUAGCACCAACUUCAGACGCGAACUUGGAGUCGUAAUCUGGAAAUUAAAUUGUCGGGCAACAAAGAACUAG